UAAACUUGAGCACACAUAUCAAGAACACCCUAAAUUUGUAUAAUUAAUACAUUUUCUAUGAUUAUCAGUUUUAAUAGUUAAACCGAUACUCCAUCUGUUUCAUUUUAAUUGUUGUUCUAAGUUUAUGCAUAUGGAUUAAAAAAACAUAUGAUUUUAUAUAUUUCCAAAACAAAAACACAAUUACCUAUACACCUAACCAUUUUUCAACCAAUAAAAAAAUAAAGUGCAUAAUCUUAUUAAUAAAUUUUGCAUUAAAACGACACUUAUUUUGAGACGAAAUGUUUUUCCUAUAACGACACUUAAAUCGAAACGGAGGGAGUAGUAUUUUAAUAAGUUUAUUUUUUAAAUAAUAGUUUUAUCAUUAAAUAGUAAAAAACAUAGAAAACAAAAAAAGUUAUCUUUGUGAAAAAAGUAUUUUUAAACACAAAAAAUUAUCUUUGUGAAAAAAGUAUUUUCCAAAAAUAUUUAUCUUUGAGGAAGAUCGAAGUAGUACAUAUAUUAUUAUUAAUUACUUGAAACACGAAACUAAAUAUUUAUGAUUUAGUUAAUGCACUUUCUCUCUACAUAUCUAUACUAUAUUAAAAGGGUUAUAUGAGCAUCAAAGAGGAUGUCCACGUCACACAAUAAAAUUGACCAAUCAAAGAUCGUUUUUCUGCCACGUCAUCAAGCCCAGCUCCGUUUCUUUGGUUCUUCUUCACGCCUUUCGCGAUCCGAGAGGCCAUAGAUUUGACGUUUCCCUUUUUCAUUUUUCCAGAUCCCAUUUUGCUAGAUCAAAUCGUGAAACCCUUUGCUUUUCCUCUCUUAAUCCACGUUAUCCAGUGAUCCUAAAAGAAGUGUUAUUCUAUCUCGAAGGAUUCCGAUGAGAUCUAAACGCAGCGAUGGAGGCUUGCCACAGAAAACCUUGCCGUCGCCGGCUCAACCUCUGUCUGAGAACCAGAGAACCGCGGCGGAGGAACAAAGGAGAAACGAGAAGAUCGUGAGAUUCACAGAACUGAGCCGUGGUAUCUGCACGGGUUCUAAGGGAAUGAAGGAUCGGCCGAUACGAUGCAUGACGUCUUCAGGAACGUCAGAAGGAAGAGGAGAUCAGAAGGAAUCUGGUUCUCUGGUUCUCAGACGGAGGUCAGAUAUGGAAGAGAAGAAGCUUGCAGAUAGAGUCAGCGAUGAGCAAGUAAAGAGAAUUGAAUUGAUGGUUUCUGAUGUUGAUGCGAGGGAUACCGAAGAUGAGGUAUUUGAGGAAGCUAUCGACAGUUCGAAGCCUGAAUCUUUCCAAGCCGAUGAUGGGUUACACGAGGAUUUGCCUUCAGAGGAAGUGAAAGUGCCAGAGGUUAAUGGAGAGAGCCAUGGUGAGGCAAACCUGCAACAUAUAACUACGGGAGAGGCUGUACCAGGUUUUGUGACUUCCCAAAUGAAUGGUGAUGAAGGGGAAGCAGGUGCAGGGAAUGUCAGUGAGACAGCUACACUUUCUUUUUCUGAAUAUGGAAUCGUCUCCCCUGAGAAGAAAGAUGUUCUCCACUCCUUCGGGUCAGAGAAGGAAGAGAAGAAGCUUGGAGACGAUAGAAUCAUCCAUGACCAAGUAGAGAACAAUAUAUUACUGGUUUCUGAUGUUGUCUUUGUGGAAGCUAUUGUCGGUUUCCAAGCCGAUGAUGGGUUGCACGAGGAUUUACCUUCAAAGGCAACUCCUGAACAUUCCAUGGAUGAUCUGGAAGAAGAGAAUAGCAAUGACAAGGAAGUGAAAGAUUCCAAGGUUAGUGGAGAGACCCAUGGGGAGGCAAACCUGCAACAUAUAACUGAGGGAGAGGCUGCACCAGGUUUUGUGACUUCCAAAAUGAAUGGUGACGAGGGGGAAUCAGGUGCAGAGCAGGAUGCUUUAUAAAAAAGCACAAGAAUAGAUUGAAUCAUCAAAAGCUUGAGAAUUGUGAACCAGAAAGGAAAGCAGCCGACUUUAGGUAGAGUACUCGGCCUUUCCUCAGUCUUGUGGAGAAGAAAUGGUUGGCGUUUCAGAGUGGAUCAGCACAAGAACAGAUUGAAUCAUCAAAAGCUUGAGAAUUGUGAACCAGAAAGGAAAGCAGCCAACUUUAGGUAGAGUACUCGGCCUUUCCUCAGUCUUGUGGAGAAGAAAUGGUUGGCGUUUCAGGGUAGAUGAGACAUACAAAUUUCCGUAAAAUUUUCCUUUCGCAGUGUUGUACUUUGCAUUUAGCUUGACAUUUGUACAUUAACAAAUUAGAUUUAAAUUUACAUAAGGUUCUUUGCAUGAUAUUUCUCUCUUAUCUGUCUUUAUUUUCAUUGCAGGCUUCACUUGAAUCUGAGAUGAUAAAGCCACAACUGAUCUGAAACUCUUUGGUGUCAAUCUAAAGCUAUUGGAAGACAAUCUCCCGCUUAACAGAGUAUACAAAUUAAAAGAUGUGUCUGCUGCUCCAAUUCGUUUCUUUCAGUGACAUGAAGGGGUCGUUGGUCGGAUUUCACUGAGUAUCAAAACGAAGCUCCAAAAGCAGAAGUUACACGAUGAAGAAUCUGGAGCGAAAGACGAGGAGAUAGAGAGGAAGAUGGAGAUUGGGCAAAGGGUUUAAGCUCAGCUUGGUUGUCUCGAGGAAGAGACUAAGCGCAUUGCCUUGAUCCGUGAGAAGCUUAGCAUGAUAACGAGUAGAAAGAAGUUGCAUUGGUCAGGAAGAAGAUUGAUUUUGUCAACAAAGAAUUCUCAACAAGCCAAUCUGUAAAGCUACCACCACCAGCAAAGAAUCCUCAAGGUUCCAAAAAAGAGGAGAUUGAGUAGCCAAAUCCAGGUUGAAGAGAAAAAUGAUGAAAUCAGACUGUGGUGGAACAUCCUGAGGAAUUAAAACAAAUUGAUAGUAAUCAGAAUAGUAGUUCGGGAGUAAGCUACAAGCAAGCUACUAAAUCUGCGACAGCAAGCUGAGGCUACAUGGCACUUCUUCCCCUCGGCAACAAGGGUCCGAGAAAACCACUAGACGUUACUCGCUACCAUAUUCAGGUAAUAAUGCAAGAGUUACUUCUGGUUUUUCUGAAACAACAGGAGUCUCAGACUCGGGCGGCAACACCAUCUUUUAUCCUAUGCAAAUAUGUUUCUCCGGUUACCUGAUCAUAUAAAUUUGUUUCUGUGUUGUGCGAGCAGACAAAUCUUUAAACAUGAACAUGUUUUUUUUAGAAUUGAAUAUGAACAUGUUACCAACGCCUUAUUCCUUUUUUUUAGUUCUUACAGCACGUGAUGGUGGACAGAAAAUAUUUUGCAGUGUGGAAUGAUCAACAGAUUUUAGUGAUACAUCAAUUGGUGUUGCACAUAAAGAAAGCAUUUGUGAUGCGGCAAAUAUAUUUGUGUUUAUUUUUUAAGAAGACGUUUUAAAGUGGACUCUAAUAAAAUAUGCCAAGAGAAAAUAGAAAGUGAUCUUCCAAGAGAUUUAAGGUUGUAAGGUUCAGUUUUGUGAAGUGAUUUAUGAAAUUGAUUCCAGAGAUCCUGUGGAAGCUUUACAAGAAGAGGAACCACGGCCUUCUCUCAACGCCCAUAUCCAAAAUAUUCAACUCAUGCUCUUGAAGAUAGGAGAUCACAAGGUAGCCUUUCAAGCUAGAGAGGAGAAUAGAGUGGCAGACAAAAUUGCAAAGGAAGAUCUCUUUUGAGAAUAAUGUCCCUAUAUUGUAUUCUGUUGCCAAGUUGGUUAAAUGUCUUAGUGAAGAGUGAUAGUGUGUAAAACUAUUUGGUUAAUGAAAAGUAUGAAGGUUGAGCCAAAUAAAAGAAAGUGAUUAAUAUAUUAACAUCUAAAUAUGGAAUAGUGUUAGUUUUGAUGAUAGUUAUGCCAAGUUGAAACAAUAUUUUUGUUUUGGCGUACUCUUCACAUUUUUUUUUUCAAGUAAGCAAGUCGCGCAUAUGACAAACUACCAUCAGUUUAACAGUUUAGUAAGAAAAUAAUUUUGCAAAUUAAAUAAUUUAAUUAUCUAUCUCUCUAACAGUUACAGUAUUGUGAUGUUACAUCAUUUUAAAAAGUGGUGAUAUAUGAAAGAAAUGAAACCAGUAGAAAAUAAAUAUUUGUUACAGCAUAUUGUAAAUCAUUGCAUUUCAAAAUUUAAAUUAACUUUAAAAGUGACUUAAAUUACUGAUUGUAGAGAAGACUUUACAUACAAGAAAAGAGCAAAAAUACAAAAGUUAGUUUUUCAUGUUGAU